ACGUCGCUCCGCCCCGCGCUUUGGACAGUGGUCACAUCUUCAGCUGCAUUUCCCCUUUUAUUGUGUUGUAAAAGGUUUCAGUGUGAGCAUAAUCGCCUCGUUCGAACAUAUCUGGUGAAGUGGACAUCGCCUUGACUCGGAACAGCAGGGACAUGGAGAACGGUUCAUCCAUAGCGGGGGUCGAGCUGCAGCAGGCUGUCAGGCAGUGGCUGGAGUUUGACAAGAAUCCCAAGACCGUGUCAAUGGUGCAGGACCUGGUGAAAGAAGGAGCUGUGGAGGCUUUGAAGAAAUGCUUCUCCUCCAGGAUGGAGUUUGGUACCGCAGGUCUGAGAGCAGCUAUGGGCCCUGGCACAUGCUGUAUGAAUGACCUCACUAUCAUCCAGACAACACAGGGUUUCUGUCGCUACCUGGAGGACAGUUUUGAUACCAUCAAGGAGCGUGGGGUGGUGAUAGGGUACGACGCCCGGGCCCACCCCCCAAGUGGGGGCGGCAGCAAACGCUUCGCCAGCCUGGCCGCUGCUGUGUUCAUCAGCCGCGGGGUGCCGGUCCACCUCUUCUCUGGUAUCACCCCGACACCAUUUGUGCCGUUCACAGUUUCUCACCUGGGUCUGUGUGCUGGUAUCAUGGUGACCGCCUCGCACAACCCCAAACAGGACAAUGGCUACAAGGUGUACUGGGAGAACGGGGCACAGAUCGUCUCUCCUCAUGACAAAGGUAUCGCCAAGGCCAUAGAGGAGAACCUGGAGCCCUGGCCCGAGUCCUGGAGCACAGAGGAGGCCCUGAAGAGCCCCUUGCUCAAAGAUCCCUACCAGGACAUCCACACACAAUACUUCAAAGCCAUCCAGAAACACUGUCACCACAGGGACAUAAACAAGAGUUCAGAGGUGAAAAUCGUGCAUACAUCUGUGCACGGCGUUGGACACACAUUUGUCCAGUCAGCUUUUCAGGCCUUUGACCUCCACCCUCCAUUUGCUGUCGAGGAACAGAAAGAUCCAGACCCUGAAUUCCCCACUGUCAAAUAUCCCAAUCCCGAGGAAGGAAAAGGAGUCCUGACUCUGUCGUUUGCACUGGCAGAGAGGAAGGGGGCUGCUGUUGUGUUGGCGAAUGAUCCUGAUGCUGAUCGCCUGGCCAUCGCUGAGAAGCAGGAAAGUGGACAGUGGCGAGUGUUCACUGGUAAUGAGUUGGGAGCGUUGCUUGGAUGGUGGAUGUUCCGCUGUUGGAAAGAGCAGAACUCUGACGCUGCUGCUGCGGUGAAAAACCUCUACAUGCUGUCGAGCACCGUCUCAUCCAAGAUACUGCGUGCCAUUGCUCUGAAGGAAGGCUUCCACUUUGAGGAAACACUUACUGGGUUCAAAUGGAUGGGAAACAGAGCCAGAGACCUUUUGGACCAGGGCAAGACUGUGCUUUUUGCCUUUGAGGAGGCCAUAGGGUAUAUGUGUAGUCCCUCUGUAUUGGACAAGGAUGGAGUGAGUGCUGCAGCCAUAGCAGGAGAGAUGAUUUCCUAUCUGGCCACGAAAAGCUUGAAGCUUUCUCAACAAGUCACUAACAUCUAUGAAGAGUACGGCUACCACAUCAGUAAGAAUUCCUAUUUCAUUUGCCAUGACCAGGAUGUGAUCCGCAGCUUGUUCGAGCGCCUGCGCAACCAUAGUGGCCAGAAAGACUCGUAUCCCACUGAAUGUGGCCGCUUCGCCAUUUCUGCUGUACGGGACCUGACCACCGGCUACGACAGCAACCAGCCUUGCAACAAGGCUGUUCUUCCCACCUCCAGGUCGAGUCAGAUGAUCACCUUCAGCUUCGCCAACGGGGGUGUGGCAACCAUGAGGACCAGCGGCACGGAGCCAAAAAUCAAAUACUAUACUGAACUGUGUGCAGCUCCUGGUAACAGUGAUGUGACACACCUGAAGAAGGAGCUGGAUGAAUUGGUUGACGCUAUUGUUGACAACUUCUUCGAGCCAGAGAAGAAUAAGCUGCAGCCCAAACCGGAGUAACACUGAUAGACAGUCAUAUACAGAACCAACUGUGACUAAUAUGUCUGAGCAACAUUUCAAAGAGUGUCUUAAUAACUCCAGAAGGGACUUUUGAUUUAAUACAGGCUUGACUUUACUUCAUUGUCAAUUUAACACAUUUAUGCUAUCUUAAUCUAAUCUACAGGGUAAAUGCUAACUUUUAGGGAAUAGGGAUGAAUCCAGAGUUUUGGUAACAGUUUGGAUUGAAUUUACCUCACGCUGGAGAUUUUAAACAACUUUCAAAUGUUCCCCCUUCUACAGUCAUUCCUGCUGUUUCACUGUGAUGUUAAUACACAUGCUGUAUAUUCACUUGUAUUUAACAAACACGCAUCCAAUACUUUUUCAGCAUCAACUGCAAGGCUGCUAACGGGAAGAGUUACUGUUAACUUACUGUAUACUGUAACUUUAAAACAGCUGUAGCUACCUUUAAUGGAUGUCAUAACAUGUUGCUAAACUUUGAAUGUGUAAUACCUUAAAUUACAGUAUGGCAUUGAGAGUUAGGCUACAGUUAAAUAUAUUUGUAAGUUAAAAGCUGUCAUUCCGGGGUUGCAGAUAUGUAAAAUGACCAAGCCUAAAAGCUUAGAUGUUUUGUUCAAAUGCUCCCACUGCUCCUUACUUGAUAUGAAUAGUUAAUACUCAAAGGGACUCAACAAUGUUAAAUCUACAAUUAAGAGUAUUUCAGAGAUGUUGUCUUAUUAGCACCUCACCUUUCCUUAUGUGCCUCGUAUUUCAAAUGCUGUGCUGAAAAUACAGUUAAACUCAAUAAAAACGCUUUCUAACCAUGAA